AUGGGCGGUGGACAAGCCCUGACCGAGAAGGCAAUGCGGUCAGUAAGCGUGAAGGAGAUAUCACAGCACCGCUCGCUGAAGGAUCUCUGGGUUGUUAUUGACGACGUAGUCUACGAUCUCAGCGAGUUUGCGCUACAACAUCCCGGUGGUGUCGCAGUACUCUUGGACUACGCCGGACAAGACGCAACCGCGGCUUACUCCGAGGUCCACUCACCAUCGGUAAUCAAGACCUCGUUGCCAGCAUCAUCUCGCAUUGGCGUCCUAGAUCAAGCUACUAUCACCGAGCAAUGGGCCAGACCACCACCACGGGCCCGCGGUCCACCACAAAAGACACCGGAGAAGCCACCUCUAGAUAGCCUAAUUAACGCUAGGGAUUUCGAGGUCGCGGCUGAGGCUAGCUUCACCCCUAAGGCGUGGGCUUUCGUGUCGUCGGCUGCGACAGACUGUCUGACGAAAGAGCGCAAUGCAUCUGUGUAUAGGGAUAUAGUAUUGCGGCCGCGGGUACUGAGGAAUGUUAGAGAUGUCGAUAUAAGUACAACUAUUCUGGGGAAUCAUGUUGCUGCGCCUAUAUUCUGCGCCCCGACCUCUAUGGGCCGUAUCUUCCACCCACAAGGAGAGCGUGAACUAGGUCGGGGAUGUCAGCGCCUAGGUAUUCCGCAAUGUGUAUCAACGAGUUGCUCAUUUCCGUUACCCGAGGUUAUGGACGCGGUCGAGGAGGAAUCUCUGUCUCAAGGGGUGGGAACCGACGGAUCUGUUCCAGUCUUCUUCCAACUGUACGUUGACAAAGACCGCCGGAAGUCAGAGGCUUUAUUACGUAUGGUACGUGAGCGCGGUGUUAAGGGUAUCUUUCUGACGGUUGACGCACCGGUCAUUGGAAAGAGAGAGGCAGAUGAACGAGUUAAAUCAGAUGAGAAUUUACGCGCUCCGAUGUCUGGCGCGCAGGCUAAGAAUGAUGCUAAAGGAGGGGCAUUGGGAAGACUCAUGGGUGGCUUCAUAGACGCAUCACUCACGUGGGACGAUGUGUCGUGGGUGCGGCAGCAUGCUCCUGGUUUACCAAUCGCGCUCAAGGGGAUCCAGACAGCAGCAGAUGCGGUCAAGGCUAUGGAGGCAGGUGUUGAUGCUAUAUAUAUCUCUAACCAUGGCGGGCGGAGCUUGGAUACAUCUCCUGCUACGAUAUUAGUACUGCUUGAGAUUCAAAAGUGUUGCCCGCAGGUCUUUGAUAAGAUGGAGGUAUAUGUCGAUGGUGGCAUUACGAGGGGUACAGAUAUCUUCAAGGCUUUAUGUCUAGGUGCUAAGGCUGUUGGGAUCGGGCGGGGGUUUCUGUUCUCCUUGAAUUAUGGGAAGGGGGGUAUUGAGAAGUUUGUUAAUAUCCUUGUCGAUGAACUGGUGACGACUAUGCAGAUGUGUGGCAUUACUAGUCUUGACCAAGUCCACCCCGGGUUGCUACAUACAGGAGCUGUUGACCACCUUGUUCCUGGGUCUGAAGAGCACCCUUAUGCCAGGUGGAAACCAAAGUUACGAAGUAGCAAACUGUGA